AACCUAAAAUAAUAUUGUUUAAUGUUUAAAUUAAGUUUAAAUAUGUAUUUGAUUUAAUAUUGUUAUUUCAGCUGUUCAUUAUUUCAAAAUAGCGAUUAUGGGUAAUUAUAUAUCAUCUUUAUUUUUCAAUAAUGCAGAAGAUGAUUUAUCUUUGGAAGAAGCCUAUAAAAUAUUACAAAAGAAUGAAGAAGGGAAGCAAAAAGAUGUUGAAAACAAACCCAGUUGCAGUACCAUCCAAAACAGAGUUUCUGCGGAGACUGGUGUAAUUACUGAUAUAAGAAAAGACAGUUUUGUUAUUAAUGAUAUAUAUGUAUGUUCUAACAUGAUUUCAAAUAUUGAGGUAGGCACGAAAGUAAAGUUUAACUGUUUUACUAGUGAUAAUAUUACGAAAGCAACAAAUGUAGAAAUUUUUAACGAAUGGGCAGCAGAAGAUUCAGAUUCAUUAUGGUAUAAUCGGAUAAUAACAUGCCAAAUUGAACGAAGAGCUGGUCGUCAACUUUAUCUAACUGGUUCUGAAAUUAUUCUUGAUUUAGACAAAGUUCAGUUGGAAUUCCUACCAGUUGUAGGUGAUUGGCUAGAACUAGACGUAAAAUGUAAAGUAAAUGAAAAAUUAUUCGAUUUAGCUGGUGAGGUUUUAGAAAUCAAUAAGAUAUCACCUGUUAGACUACAUCUUCUGUCAGGAAAAGUAUCAAUGUGGAACAAGUCUAAAGAGAUGGGUACUAUAGAUAGUAAAAUAUUUUUUAAUCAGUUGUCAUUGUCGUUAGGUUAUUUACCAGCAGUAGGGGAUAAAGUUGUGGCUCAAGUUAUCGAAAGUACUCAAAUGGGGCAUUCUUGGAGAGCUAUAAAAGUUCUUCCUGAAAAUCUUACACUGAAAAAAGAAAACGUUUCCAGUAUAUUACCUGAUAUUUCACAUUAUACAGAGAAUUAUCCAGGGUUAGAAGUACAAGAUGUGAAUGUUUACUUCGAGAAGUUAGGAGAGACUCAAACAUUUAAGAUAACUAUCACUAACAAUGGUGAGAAUAAUUUAACAUUAUUAAGUGCCAAAUUUUUGGGAAAUCAUUCACAGUGUGGUAUAACAGACAAUGUAGAAAACAUUGUUUUGAGUGUUGGUGAUAAGCAUGAUAUUUUAUGUGAAUGUAGUUCAAAAAGUAUUGGAGAAGCCAAAGAAUCUUAUAUUUUAAAUUUUGGUGAUUUUGUUCUGUGCAAAUAUAUAAAUGUUUUAGUUUCAAUACAAGAUAACAAUCAAAGAACAACAUAUUUUAAGAAUAAUAAUAGGAAUAUCACACCAUAUGUAAACUCUAACAGUCAAGUUAUUAGGGGACAAGGCAGUAAUAUACGUUUUGCAGUUUCAAAUAUACCGAAUUAUACUGUACCCAAAAAAUUAAUUGACGUUGUAACAUUAAAUUCUUCUGAUAAUAUUGAUAAACAGAUUCAGCAGAUACAGUCCAUUAAACCAUCCCUUACAGCUAAUUUAACACCCAUAAAUUAUGAAGAUAGGUUUCACACUCUUCUGUAUUUAGAUGAAAUUUCCAUGUUAGUUUCUAUAAAAAAAUAUGAUCAAGAAAAAGCUUGUUUUAUAAAGAAUGGAGAGUACCUUAUGCUUGAAAUUGAUAAUCUAUCAGAACAAAGACCUUCACUUGCAAUAGGAGACAAAAUUAGAGCUACAGAUCCAAGUAAUAGUAGAGGUGUUGUUUUUGAGGGAAUCAUACACAAAAUUAGUGCUACCCACGUAUUCCUCAAAUUUAGCCCAUUGUUCCAUGACAAGUAUGAUGGAGAAGACUAUUCAAUAACUGCAGAAGCUAGUAGAUCUGGAUAUAAAAAAUUACAUCAUGCUGCAUGCCUAGCAAUAAGAAAUCUUGGACCAGAGCUCCUAUUCCCUAACAGAAUUAUAGAAAAGGAUCGUCAAAUAAAUUUUAUAGAAAAAGAACAGUUAUCAUCACCCAAUGGUAAAAAAACCAAACAGAAUGACUUUUAUCUUAUCCAAAAUGAAAGAAUACAAAGAGAAUGAUAGUUUGAACACUUCUGGCAAUGAAAACACAAGAGAAAGAGUUACUUUGGAAUGGUUUAACAAAAAUUUAAAUCAGACCCAGAAAAAUGCCGUAAUGCAUGUUCUUUGGGGUACAACUAGACCUUUUCCGUAUAUCAUUUUUGGACCUCCAGGUACUGGAAAAACAAUAACUCUUGUUGAAACAAUUUUACAGUUAAUACGAUUAAUUCCUUCCUCUAGAUUAUUAGUAACAGCACCAUCCAACAGUGCUGCAAAUUUGAUAGCUCUGAGGCUUAUUGAUUCAGGAGUUCUUUUACCAGGAGAUCUUGUUAGGUUAAUUUCAUAUAAUUAUGCUUUGAAAGAAACUGUUCCUGAUAAGCUAAUACCCUAUUGUGCUACUGCAAGCUUCGCUAGAGAAGAUACAGUACUUUCAGAAGUGAAUAAUCCAAAUGGAAUACAAUUUAAUAGCAAUAUGUCUACUUUAGGCCGAAGUAGGAUAACUGUUGCAACCUGUAAUUGUGCCGGACAAUUUUUCCUGUUGAACAUUCCAAAAGGUCAUUUUACUCAUAUAAUUGUUGACGAAGCAGCACAAGCUGGAGAACCUGAUGUUAUGAUUCCUUUAUCCUUUCUAAAUAAAAAUUCUGGCCAAAUAGUAUUAGCAGGUGAUCCUAUGCAGCUAGGGCCCGUUAUAUUAUCUAAAGUUGCCGCCGAAUGUGGACUGGCAGAGUCUUAUUUGGAACGAAUUAUGAAUAGAUUUCCGUAUGUUCGUGAUCCAGAAGGAUUUCCAGAAACGUCUGGAUUUGAUCCAAGAUUUAUUGACAAUGAAACCAGUAAGGAAGCAGAACUACUAACUUCACUUCAAGAGUUUUUACCAAGCAAAGGUGAUAAGCUAACUCGAAUCAUAUUCCAUGGAGUAAUUGGUGAAAACUAUCAAACAGCAGACUCCCCAUCUUGGUACAAUCCCCAUGAAGUGGCCCAGGUGUUUUAUUACGUUAAUCAAUUUUACAGACUUGGGGCUAAGGAAUUACGGACAGUCUUCACGGAAGCAGAAUUUGAAGUACCGAAAAUCGGAACUAUAGAAGAAUUUCAAGGUCAAGAAUUCGACAUCAUCAUUAUAUCUACGGUACGCUCAUCUAAAGAUUUUAUCACUUCGGAUCUUCUUCACAACUUAGGAUUCGUUGCACAUCCCAAAAGAUUAAACGUCGCGAUUUCGAGAGCUAAAUCACUUCUGCUCAUCGUAGGAAAUCCCAAGUUGUUGUGCAGCGAUCCUUGUUGGCGAGCUGUUGUUAAAUAUUGUCUCGAAAAUGGUGUUUAUAAAGGAUGUGAUUUUGAAUAAUUUUUGUUUUAUAUUCGUUGUUGUAAGAAAUAAAAUUUAUAUUUUUUAUU